GAGGCCACGUCCGGCCACAGACGAUCAUUACGACCUCGAACACUGAUCCAAGAACAUCCAUAUGCUAUUGACCUUGCGCGUCAUAGCAAUGAUUUCAGGCAGCAUGGACUUAUACCCGUGAAGCUGGUAGUUGAUACGGGGAGAGGCCGGCUACCAGAAGCUUCACAGGAUGAGGACUUUGAUCUGGACAGCCAAAAUAAUGAUUUGCCGCCAGGAACCGACAACACAGAGUUUAACAGUUUCACAACCUCCCUACGAGAGCUUCGUACGCCAGAUGUUGUUCCGACUUGGCCAAAUAUGCCCCAGCCCAAUAAUCAAAAUGCCAGCCACAGUUCAACCAGCCCGCCGGCGAACGCAGUUGAUGAUGAUGCUUUCGACCAAGACUUGCCAGACUUGAAUCAGCUCUUGAGACGGAACUCACAGACUAGCAGGAAGAAUAAAGAGAUACGAGAAGUGUCCCAAAUCCAACUCUUGACCCAGAGAACCAGGAGGCGAAAUAUUAUCUACAGUGAUUCGCCGGAACCCAAUUCUACCGUUGGCCGGGUACCAAGGUCUCCUGGCCCUUUUGCAGAGUGGUCAGAUUCAGAUACUCAGCAGGCUGCCCCCAGUAAAGUCAUCAACCAGCAAAGCUAUUCCCCAGAAAUGUCCCCUAGACCUCUAGCUUCUGCUUCUGUGAUCUCAGUAUCGUCUCAGGAGCGCGACAGUCAAACCGGACAAGGCCAGCAAAGGCAUCGAGAAAAUUCAGAAACCAUAAGUGAAGCCGAGAGUGAUAUACAUCAGGUGGUGACUGAAUUCAGGCGUCAUAUUCGAGGUGUCCUUCCCGCCUCUUGGCUUCGACUAGAUCAGCAAACGAAUAAGAAUAAUUCUUACCGGAGUUCCAAGAGGAAACUCCAGCAUCGGUUUCCUAACCAACAACAGCGGGGAAUAGCUAUUACCAAACCGGUAGCCCCUGAUUCUACUGCUUUCAAUGCGAUUCUAUUGGAACUCGACGAAGAGAGCCCUGUUCGGUAUACAGCGGAUGACACAUCUGAGCGUCAAUCUGAAAUGCUAUCCUCACAUCCUCUAGACCUAGAGAACGAUAAGGCCGAUGAACAUUCGGCUGCAGAAGAAGACCCUAUGAUUCCCGUAGCCAUUGGUAGCAAGCGUCAGCUCCAGCUUCCUAAGAUAUCAAAAAGAAACAGGAAACGAGUUAAAGUGUCAAGCGGAUCUCGGAGUCAGUUCGCAAAGUCUCGUUCAAGGCAGCAGACGAUAACCGGUUUUUUCCAUUCUAAUCCCGAAUUGUCUGCAUCAUUGGCGGUUGAUCACUUCUCGGAUGACUCGUUGUCGUCGAACAAUGAUAAUUACGGGAAGUCAAUCAGCAAACUAAAACCACCUUUCAAAUCCCCUCUCUUACUGAGUAUUCUCGAUACGAUAGAGCCGGAUGCCCCUAGAUUCAUACGUAUUGCUGCACGCUCUGCUAAACAAACUAUGAAUCAGGGACGUAGUAGCGUACAGCAAAAAAGCAUCAGAUUGGCUACAAGGCAAGACCAGUUAGAUGCUAUGUCUGUUAUGGAGAAGUGGAAGUCAGGGUUGAUUGCACAGCGACCUUCCGUAUCGGCAGCCAGCAGGUCCAAUACAAGGUGGCGCCAGACCGCAAAUAUAGAUCAAGAGCUUUCAAAUGGUGAAUUGGCUUCAAAGACCACGUCCGGUGCACUCAGAGGCGUUUCCCGAAAAUUUGUCAAGUACCAUGGUGAGAGUGGCUUUGUUAGCUACAGGCGGAACCAAUCAUUUAAAAGUACCAGCAAAUUCUUCACGUCAACAAUAGGCGAGAACAAUCAUCUGCCUUCGCGUGCUUUAAGGGAAGCUCAGCUGGAGCUGGAUGGGAGAGCUGGGGAAGCCGUCGCUUCCUUUCGCUCAAGGAAGAGGGCUCUGGACCAUAUUUUCAACAAGCAAAAGCAAAAGAAACAUUCUUGGCGGCUGGCUGGAAAUAACAACAUCUUAGCCUCUGCUUGUGGUGUUACGACAUCUUACACCACAGAGCACGCGGUGUGGCGUACGUCCAAGGGACAAGAGCAAAAAGCAAGGCAAGCAAGACCCCGAAAAAGCACCAAGCCUCGUCGAAUUGAUGUCACAGCACCUCAAUAUACCCAUGCUGCUGACCCCCUUCCACUGGAUGUUCCUAUUUCAAUCAACGACGCUCCAUCAGAGAAAAGCAAACUCUAUGGCCUAGGUCCCUAUGGUACCCGAUACACCCAUCAUUUCGAAAUAUUUCCUCUCAUCCCUGAAGUCCAGUUUCACAAAUCAACAGUGCUAGGCAGUGGUAUUCUAAAGACUUUCUUGAUCGAAGAUUCACAAAUGAGAAUAUCUGACCUUGAAACACAAAUCUCAGUCAAACUGGGUGACCAGGUUUUUGUCUGGGGCUCCUGGAAUCCCAAAGUGUCAUCUGAAAUUGGGAUUUUAUUUGAUUUAAUCGCUGAGCGACUGGAGGAAGGUCAGGAGGGGAGUCUCCACGACGGACGUUACGCUAUCGAUGCCGUCCAUUCUACCUUGAACUACGUAAAAGAUACCCUCAACUCAACGGGAAAAGAAUCGCAAAUGCCCCCUCUUAUACCGCGGCUGCAAGAAGUUUUCCGCAGCUUUAUCGAUCGAAUCAAUGUCGGGCUUGGGCAGGCUUCAUUUAAUCAUGCCCAAAAUCGUCAACUUCUUCUUAAAAUACUGGACAGAGUAUUGCUAAUGUCAUCCAUGGUGGUAAAACAUUGUCAAAUUACACCACAACUCGUGGAUGAGCACCCUAACGCAGAACAAACGGCAUUGUUAUUGGCGCACUUGAUGAUUUCGGUCCUUCUCCGCUGCGGUAUCAAUCAAGUCAGGCAAAUUUAUAAAGACUUUAGCCACCUCAAUUACGGCGGUCGUGUAUUGCGGGAAAGUGCUGUCGAAAUGCAUUCAUGGGCCAUGCUGAUCAAAACUUUUGAGCAUAUAGGCUCGCGACAAGUUUCUUUCUGGAUUGCACUGGAAACAGUUAUAUUAAAGCCACACAUUCUCUCUAGUGCAGACGCUCGUGAAUUUGAGCGUAUCUGGGAGACAUUGUUCACACUCCUCCCGCUCUUUGAUUUUGAUGGCGCUGGGAAAAUAGCUGCCGAGAAACGACACAAGACAGAAAAUGAGGGCUGGUCAAUUCCUCAGAAGCUUAUCCGGCGCGUCUUCCAGUUGUACCAAGAGAAUGAUCAGCAGACUGCGAGCUUCAAUAGCUACUGCCGGGCUCUUAUUUCGCGAUGCCACUACCUAGUUCAACAAUGGGGUUGGCUUCGUAGCGCUUCCGUUGUUGGCGUUAUCUUUGACUUCUUUGGAUCACGGAGGCUUGCUCAUCUCAGGAAUGAAGAAGUCUACCGGUCACCACAAUUUCUGGAGACUCUAGCUGAUGGGCCAAUCCUCAAGGUUGAAGAGGAUGACUGCUGCUUUCAUAUAUUCCUAAAGUUGCUGGCCAUAAGCAUCCAAAAACUUGGGAACUUUGGCUCAGAGAAGGACAUACGCAAUCUAAUAACUCGAACAAUACCAAAUCAUAGUCGCUUAUAUCUCAAGGAACACGACAUUCAUGAACGAGAUUUGGCCGCUUUAAGAAAUCACCAUGAUCUCAUUGGUACUCUGUUCUGGGCGGCACCACCUGAUGUCCGACCUUCUGUGGCUCUCAUAGAGGGGCUUAUUUCUCCUGCUAGUUCUCAUAAAGAGGCAUGCCUGAUAAAUAUCAGAUCAUGGGCUCAACUUGCACGGUUUGUCGUUUCUUCUGGUGAAGCAAAAGCAUCAUUCAAACCUUUCAACAAAUGGAGGAAUACUUUUUUCCAGCAGAUGUUAGUGCAAUUCGAUGGUAUCGCGGCGGACAUCCAUCAACAAUAUCUAACUCUAUCCAAGGAUAAGAGUAGUUUUGUUACUCAGAAAGCUGUUGAAGCCACAAUAUCCAAGAACAAGGCAGCCGUGAUGGACAUUCUCCAUCUAUCAUUGACAGCGUCGUUGGACGUGAUGAGAUACGCUCCAGAUUUAGAGGCGGCGACGUACUGCUUAAAUACCCUUCACUUGGAACAACUUUUCAAGUAUUUUACAGUUGCGCCUUCUGAAUUAGAGUGGUCUAUACUACGGGCAGCCUUGACUAUCUUGGACACCUUUGUAUUCACAGUCGAAAAGUUCAAAGAUAGCCAGGAGAGCCAACAGAGCGAAAGCCAAAUUUUAGAUUCUGCGCAAGCGGAUGAUGCUUUCUUCAUCCUAGAGCAAGAUAUUUCUCGCACUUAUUUCUCAAUGGCCAGAUGUGUCUUAUCACUUCCGACAGAAACGUCCAACCUCAUGAGGGGAUCUGUGGCUGAUAAGACCUGGUGUGUUAGACAGAUUAUCAUAUUAUCUGCAAGGAUGGGAAUAGGCUUUAUUAAUGGUGGCCUGUUGAAAAUAUCAGACAUGUUCAAGGCUGGCAAGUACUGCCUGUUCCAAGACCAGUUACACACGAUGGAUCCCUCACACAGACAGCAUUUUACACUGUUCAUAUCAACACUCCUGGAGCACAGAUUUGAUGAUUUUUCUGACGUUGAUUUCAAAAUAUUUGAAGUGUGGGUUCUAUCAUUGAUCGGGCCCCUCAAAUAUAUGAAGUACGAAAAUCUCGUUGGCAUACAACGUUAUUGCUAUGCCGAAGGUUUCGUUCCUAACGACAUGGCCGAGUCAAUAACUCAACCGAGUUAUAAAACCAAUCAACUCUUAUUUGAGUUUGCGGUUACGUCAAUGCGCAAAAGUAUUCGCCGCGCAGACCCCAGUAUUAAACGAGCCCUUGAUCUAGAAUACUCUAAAACACUCAAGCUUGCAAUGAAACAGAUGCGAAAUGACCUGAACUUGAUGUAUGGAGAUACUCUACACCAUCAGCGUUACGUUACCUUGGUUCAACACAUUAUAUCAUCAAUCAAGGCGCACGGAUCGGAUAUUUGCACAAUAGACAACUUCUUUCUCCAGGUCAGCAGAGAAUACUCUCCGCCCAUUCAAGAUUUCCAACUUCAGAUUCCCAGCAUGCUCUCGUAUGGCAUUCGCAUAGAAGAAGGAGAUCCUAGGGCAGCCCAUGAAUUGUUCUUUCUCCUAUUCAACAAUUUUAAGCACGCACUGGUAAAUGGAAAUCUUACGCAUGAUGUCAGUAUGCUUCGGAGAGGCAUGAAACAUAAGAGUAUAUUGGCUUUUGUGCUGGGAAAGAUGCUACCAGCCAUCCUCAGAGUCUCAUUCACGGACAGCUCCUCCUUCGCCCUUCUGGAUGUAUAUGCCGAAGCUUUACGCUUACUACUACGUGGACGGAUGUUGCCACUGCAGCUUGACAACAAUGAUCUCCCUCAUGUUGUUGUUACCACACGAGCUAUUGUGGAAGGUAUGAGAAUAAUGCGACAUGGUAAUGGGAGUAUAUCUGGUCCUCAGGUGCACAUAUUGAGACAGGCGCUGGCCAUCUUGAAUGCACUGUGGCCAUCACUGUUGAUUAUCAAGGCAGAAAGACCUGAAGAUUUAUGCCUUGUUGAGAUAGCUGUCACAAUUCGCCAUAUUGCUUCAUUUGCAACAGCCGCACAAGGAUAUCUUGUCGAUGUCACUGAGAUAGGAAGCGGCUCGCUAGAUACUGACCUUUUGUUCCAAGGCUUUGACAUGGAACAGCCUCUAACCUUUGACUUACACGUCAAUAGUUUCUCAACCAGCAUUAGAGACGAUAUUGCCAAGAGCUGGAUUUUUGGUCAGACAAGGAUCUCUAUACAAAUGCCUACCAAAAUGAAAGAAGAUAAGCAAGAGAGUGUAGGGUUAGUCAAACCAACUUGGGUGGCUGAAGAAUUGGUGUAUGAUUUAUAUAACCAAAUUCAGAAUUGGUAUUCCCAAUGGCUGAAGUUUAACUAA